AUGUCCUGGGCUUGGUACGCCGAACGUCACGGUGGUAGGAGAUAUUCCCAGAUUAAGACAUCGAUGUUUGCUGCUGCUUGGCAAGCGCGUUCAGCGUCCGACUACCACACGCCCUCUAGGCUCUACUGCCCUUCGUCGUCCACAACCACAGCAGCCAAAAUGCAGGACGGUCGCGCUCCCAGGAUCAAGAAUCGAGCACCAGCUGCGAUCCAGAUCACAGCUGAGCAGCUGCUACGCGAAGCUCAAGAGCGACAAGAAACCGCGUUCCGUGCCCCAAAGCAAAGGGUUGAAGAUUUUGAGGAACUCCAUGAAUACCGAGGUCGGAAACGAAAGGAGUUCGAGGAACGGAUUCGACGGACACGGGGCAGCAUAAAAGAAUGGCUGCAGUAUGCCAACUGGGAGGCUUCACAAAACGAGUUCGCUCGCUCAAGAUCAAUAUUUGAACGUGCUUUGGAUGUCGAUCCCCGGAGCAUUCAGCUAUGGCUUUCAUACACUGAAAUGGAGCUCAAGUCCCGCAACGUCCAGCACGCGCGCAACCUCUUUGACCGCGCUGUGACACUUCUUCCGCGAGUUGACCAGCUCUGGUACAAAUACGUCUACCUCGAGGAACUCCUUCAAAAUGUUCCUGGCGCUCGUCAGGUGUUCGAGAGAUGGAUGAAGUGGGAGCCGGAUGACAAGGCCUGGCAGGCCUACGUCAAACUGGAGGAGAGGUAUCAAGAGCUCGACCGUGCGAGUGCCAUCUACGAGAGAUGGGUGGCUGUCAGGCCUGAACCACGGGUGUGGGUGAAGUGGGGCAAGUUCGAGGAAGAUCGUGGUCGGGUCGACAAGGCGAGAGAAGUCUUCCAAACGGCGUUGGAGUUCUAUGGGGAUGAUGAAGAGCAAGUAGAAAAGGCCCAGGCCGUGUUUGGUGCCUUUGCUAAGAUGGAGACGAGAGCGAAGGAAUUCGAACGAGCUAGGGUUAUCUACAAGUUCGCCCUCUCACGCAUACCCCGGUCAAAAUCUGCCGGCCUGUAUGCUUCAUAUACCAAGUUCGAGAAGCAGCAUGGAACGCGGUCUACCCUUGAAAAUACUGUGUUAGGCAAACGCCGCAUCCAGUACGAGGAAGAGAUCUCGCAUGAUGGGCGCAAUUACGACACAUGGUUCGACUACGCCCGACUAGAGGAAGAUGCCUACCGGGACUUAAAGGAGGAGGGUGCAACACAGGAAGAACUCGAUACUGCUGUGGGCCGAGUUCGCGAAGUUUAUGAACGGGCGGUUGCGCAAGUGCCGCCAGGUGAUCAGAAACGGCACUGGACCCGGUACAUCUUCCUAUGGUUGGACUAUGCGCUGUUUGAGGAAAUCGAAAACAAGGAUUAUCCACGUUCCCGACAAAUAUACCAAACAGCCAUUCAGCUCGUGCCGCACAAACAAUUCACGUUCGCAAAGCUCUGGCUAAUGUUUGCCAAAUUUGAAGUCCGGAGAUUAGACCUACCUGCAGCACGUAAAAUUCUUGGGACGGCCAUCGGCAAGUGUCCCAAAGAGGCUCUCUUCAAGGGAUACAUAGACCUUGAAAUCGAGCUUCGUGAAUUUGAUCGUGCGCGCACUUUGUACGAAAAAUACCUCGAGUUCGAUCCUUCGAACUCUCCUGCUUGGAUCAAAUUCGCCGAACUGGAAGCCCAGCUCCAAGAUUUCGCCCGGACACGUGCCAUCUUUGAGCUUGCCGUUUCUCAAUCACCGCUAUCGAUGCCUGAACUCUUGUGGAAAGCAUAUAUCGACUUCGAAACAGAAGAGGGUGAACGAGAGGCUGCUCGUUCGCUCUACGAGCGACUCAUUGCCCUUAGUGGACACGUCAAAGUCUGGAUUUCUUACGCCCUCUUCGAAGCUGAGCCUAUCCCGCUACCAAGAGCGGAACGUGAUGAAGAGGAGGAGGAAGAUGAUGAAGAGGAGCGGAAGAUGGCUCCUGGAGAGCCUACAUUGGCAAGACAGGUCUUUGAGCGGGGCUAUAAGGAUCUCAAGAGCAAAGGUCUCAAGAGCGAGCGUGUGGCUCUGCUCGAAGUUUGGAAGACCUUCGAGGAGACCCAUGGUUCGCCGGAGGACGUUAAGAAGGUGGAGGGAAUGAAGCCUAUCGUCACCAAAAAGCGUUUCGUCGACCAGGAGACAGGGCAAAUGGUGGAAGACUGGGAUCUCGUAUUCGCCGACGACGAACGGGAGUCCAACCCUACAACAUUCAAGUUUUUACAAAUGGCCCAUGCCUGGAAGCAGGCUCAACAAUCGCAAACGAGAGCUGGCGGCCCUGCUGCCGGUGGCUCAAGUUUGUUGUCUGGAUUUACAGCUGCGACAACCACGACUACAGCAACGGAGGAGGAAGAGAAAGAGAAGGAAGAAGGGAAGGAAGAAGAAAAGAUGGACGAGAAGGAGGACGCGGGCGAGCAGAGCGAUGUUGCCAGCUCGCAUGGAGACGACUCUGAUUGA